ACCUAGCCUGCACAUCUUUGGACUGUGGGAGGAAACCCACGCAGAUACGGGGAGAAUGUGCAAGUGAACGAUGUCAGACCCAGCUGGCAGAUACCGAGACUGCGCAGUUCUUUCCAAAAGUGUAACCCUGAGUUUAAAGUGUGUGAGGGCAGUCCCUCAGGUGGCCGAUUGAUGGGGGUGUGGGGUGUGGAAUCAGGGUGGAAGACGGUAGACCUCGCGCUUGGCCCAUCGGGAGUCGGUGCGCGCGAAGCUAAGAGACCGUUGGCGGUUGCAGUUCAAACGGGUAGAAGGUGAAGGCUUCGAACACGUUAGUGCCAGCAACCGUCUGACCCGACGACUUGGACCGGUCUGGCUUCGAUUCGAUCCGGGGUCGCUUGCCGUUCUGGCCACGUUGAUAUCAUGGCUUCAGAGCGCGACAGUGAUGACGGAUUUGUUCAGGUCUCAGCUUCUCAGGAAUCAAGCGAAUUUAUCAGUCAAGUGAAACGUAGUGACCUCUUAUCAACUCUGGCUUUCAGUUCACCAUUUGGAGGGGUCAGUCUCUUCUUGGGAAACACUCGACCGUUUGUGGGUCGUUGCUGCUACAUCUGUGCACCCCAAAGCUGGGCUUUGCUUUUCCACAAUCACUUAGCCUUGCUGGGAUUUCGAAAUGCCAUCCUUGUUACAGAGACACAGACACGAUAUCGAGGAUGGCUGGCUCGACGCCUCUGCUAUUUCCUGUUUGUUGUUGGACGCACAGUUUACCCAGAUGUCCCCUUUCUGGAACACAGAGUAAUCAACAAUGCUAGAGUUCAGGAAGUCAUUAUGGAGAACUUAUGUAACAUAUCUGACCAGAAGUCACAUCAUAACAUGAGGAACGUACUGGGCAUCUUCCACCAGAUCCAAGCUAUAAUCUCACCCCUCUUGCUCAGGUUGACUAGUUGGGUGCUGCUGAAAAUAUUUAACUGGGUUUUCGUGAAUCUACAAGUGCAUCGAGGGCAAAUUGAGAUGCUGCGAAAAGCAAGAGAGAAGUAUGAUGGCCCAUUUGUCUUUCUGCCUCUUCAUAAGUCUCGCCUGGACUACCUACUGGUUACCUUUGUCCUUUUUUGCCACAGUAUCAGAGUCCCAUACUUUACUUGUGGGGAAGAUGUCCAACUCCCAUUUCUCAGGCCUCUGCUUCGGAAAUUGGGAGGAAUCUUCACUCCACGUGAUAGUGGAGACCACUUGUUCCAGGUUGUUUUAAAUUCGUACAUCGAGGAACUCUUGAAUGAACAGCAGAGUCUGACGGUUUACCUGAAAGAUCCUGUUUCAUGUUCUGUGCGUUCAAGUCUCACAGGAUUAGUGUGGCUGGCUUGGGUGUUUGAUGCUUUUCAGAACCGUUUAAUACCAGAUGCAGUUCUGAUUCCUGUGGGUGUGUCUUAUGAUCGCAUCGUAGAGGAACACUACUUGGAGCAAAUGGGAACUGGAAAGACUAGUGUUUUUGGAGCAAUUCGUUGGGUGCUCAGAUUCCUACAGAAGAGGUACGGCUGCAUCCGGGUGGAUUUUGGACAACCAGUUUCUCUGAAGGAUUACGUAGAGAAUGAAGGAAUUCAUUUGUGUACCUCUGCAAUUCCGCUUCAGAAGAUCUUACUGCCGUAUGUGCUCGGAUACAGCACCGAUUCUGUGUACUAUGAGAAGUCUCAGGACUGGCUUCUGAACAAUGAUGAAUUGACACAACUCAGCAAACAUCAUCGAGCACUGGUAGCUGAUCUGGGAAGACACAUGCUUUACACUGCUUCUUGCUGCUCGGCAGUUAUGUCGACCACCAUCAUGGCCUGCCUUCUGUUUCACAAGCAUCGACAGGGCAUACUGCUUAGCACAUUAGCAAAGGAUUUCUGCUGGUUAAUGAAUGAGGUUCUCGCACGGCAUUUUGAUGUGGGAUUUUCAGGGAAGCUGCUGGAUAUUGUGCUGCAUGCCCUUUUCUUGCUGGGAGAAUGUGUAAUACUGAGGAGCUGUCCGCUGAAUAAUCUAAUUGUGAUACCAAAGACAACCAGGAAAGCUGUGGAGAAGCUUAGUUUUUACAGUAAUUCUAUUCUACCUGUCUUUAUCGGUGAGGCAGUAGCUGCCUGCGCUUUAAAUUCAAUUUUAAGGGAAGUGGCUAAAAACAUGGUGGACUUUGACUCCAAUGCAGAAGUUGCAAUCAGCCAAGAAGAACUUAUCUGUAAAACUGUUCAGCUGUGUCAGUUACUGUCCACUGAGACACUGCUUCUACCAUUGUUUCCUCGUUUUCCACCACAACAAUCUGUACUUUACUUGAAUCUCCUGCAGCCCUGCCGAUCAGUGUACCAGUUUUCACAGGAAGCAGUGGACAAGCUGAUGUAUUGUGAGAUUCUUAUCAUGGAGGAGAAUGAGAACAAACAGCCAGCAUGUGACACGUGGCAGAAACAGUUUGGCAAGGAGCUAACAUGGAAGGUGAUGGAUGAUUUUGAUGACUCUGAGAGUGACGCUGAUGAAACAGUCUGGAAGUGCUAUUUUAAGCUUGGCCAAACCCAGGAAAGCCACACAUUUUACCUUUUUCUCUGUAGUUUGUUGCAGCCUGUAUUGAAAGCAUAUGAGACAGCAGCAGGUUUGCUCCACAAAUUGGACUUUCCAAUUGAAGAGUCACAGUGUGUGCUGAAGAUGUUACAGCUUUUGCAUGCACAGGGAGAAGAACAGCAUGAAAGUGCAACAUUCAGCAUUGCAAACAGCGCUAUUAAGACCUUCAGGGAAUUGGGGGUUUUCAAAGAGGAGCCAGGAACAAAGGGACCCUUAUUGAAACUCGGUGAAACUUUUCAGGAACCUGAUAAUUUACUGAAGCUCCAGUGGUACAUUCAACAAUUCUGCGAUUAAAGCUAAAAGAAAAAUAACUGGUAAACAGUUCUUCUUUACGUUUGACUGAACCAGAUGAGAGAUUGUCGGGAUUUUUUUGCAGUGGUCACUACUUUGGUCAUCCCUCGGAGAAAAGGACCCCCAGCUUCUGUAAGAUUAAACAUUUCCAUGCAUUCUGCUCUGGGCUGCUGUUGCCUCCCUGAUAGGUGGAAAGCCGAGUUUAAAACCAUGUUGCUUUUCACCCCACAUCAUGAAAGGCUGAAAAUCAAAACCAUUUUUCAAAAAAAAAAAUUCAUGGGAUAUGGCAUCGCUGGCUUGGCCACCGUUUAUUACCCAUCCCUAAUGGGUCGUGAGAAGGUGGUUUUCAGCUGUCUUGAGUUGCUGCAGUGCUUGUGGUCAAGGCACACCCACAGAAGAAACUGGAAUCAUGAUUGUGCGUAAAGCCCUUGAAUUAUCUUGUCAUGAGAAAAUUCUUGAAAGUUGUGUGUAAAAAGGGCAGAAUUGUAUUUCAACUUAAAUGGAAAAAAAUACAACUCAUGGUAAUUUCACUGGUUAUUUUUGACUUUGUUGCCUUGUGUUACUUCAGUGCUUAAAUAAAAUGAGGUGAU